UGACGACGUCCGCCGAGACCGACAUCGCCGGCCUUGCGAGGCCCCUCAGCGCGGAAGAGCAGUGGUGUUGGGGCUGCCGGGCUGUUCUAUUCGUCCAGGAGUUGCCGCACUACGUCUCGAUCCCCGAGCUUGUCGUGCACCAUAUGCUCAGCAUUGCUGCUAUGAUUGGGAUCCUCGCCUGGAACUUUCCGCGUCGCCAGAUGUACCUCAUCUGGGCAACGCUCCUCUCCGAGUUUGCCAACAACUCUCGCCGCCUGCUCAAGAUGCAUGGCCGCCUCACCCCACGCCUCAGUGUUUGGCUGUCAGUUGCCAUUACAUUGAAUGUCGUGUUGUUCCGCGUCACGGGAGCUCUUGUUGCCAUUGUCUGGUCGCUGCAGGGCGGGACGAAUAGCCUCGCUCUCGUCCUCAACGUUGGAGCCAUGAGUAUCUACAUUCUAUACAUGCUCAGAAUGUCGGCCCGCGAACUCACCCGCUCAGAGCUACUUGCCGUUAGAAUUGGGAGUCCCACCAAAUUAAUCGUUGCUGGGAACUGGGAAAUCAAUCUUCUCGGUAUAUUCCUGGGGCUCGGCAUCGUCUGCACCGAGGUUUCGGCGCUGUGGAUAUACGAGGCCAACGUAAACCACCUCACCUCCAAAGCCGAGAUCCACAGCAUUGCGUGGGCUUCGUUACAAGCCGUGAUUGCUGGCCUUUUCGGUGCCCAUGCUACGGCUUGUCUGGUGAGGUUCUCAGUUGUGCCAGCCGAGGCAGAACAGAAAUCUCCCAGAAUGUGCAUGCAAGGUGGCCUUGUCUUCGCCGGAGCCGUCAUCCUUCUCAGCCCAACCAUGGAAAGUACAGUCGACAGAGGCACUUUUUUGUCCUGCAUGUCAAUGAGCUUUUUGUUGCUCGAAGCCAUCGGUCAGAUCGGAUAUCUGUAUGCCGGAAGCGGGCUAGAAUCGGAGAAGGUUGGGAGCUGCGUAACCUCGAGAGAGUUGACUGCCGCCUCUCCCACCACUGGCACUUCACAGGAUGUGAGCAAGGCCACCGGCUCGGCAGUGCUGUUGGGCGAAAAGCUCCAGACCAAAACAACCGUCGCAGCUCCCACACAGCUGCCCUUGCCCUUGGUGGUCAGCCUCCUCUGCAGCAUAGGCUACUGCGUUCUGUUGGGUGCCAAUUUUUCAGGCUAUGUUGGUCUCUCCCAGGCCAGCGCCAUUGCUCUUGUUGCUCAAGGUACCGUUCGCGUUGCGGCUUACUGUCAUCGCAAGGACUCGCUCUCGUCGGUGGAACUCCCUUUGGUCAACCGCGUCGUGCCGUGGGGGGUGUUGUCGUCGACGAUUCAAAUGGGCGUUGCCGCGGGCCACCUUGCUUUUCUAGAGUGUAUGACGACCCCCGACAUGACAAAUCGUUGGGCCUGUCUGGUAUACCUCAGAUACUACUCGUCACUAUUGAUCGGCUUUGCCUCCGCCCGAUAUGUCGUUGCAUUUUGGCUACAGCCUAUGGCGUGGGGAGAGGAGACGAGCGAUGCCUUUGCUGGAGAUGGCAAAGAGAAGGAAAGAAGGGGCAAGAUCAUAUCGACUCGCAACAUUGCUGCUGCUGCAGGCAUGGGGCUCUGCUUUGUCAUGGCCGCGGGCGACUACUUCGAAGCCAUGCCCACUGUAUUGACAUCGGUUGACCAGGCGAAUAUUUCAGCACCCCAAAGCGCCAUGUGGAACGCCAUCUCGUCGUGGCAGUUUGCGAUUUCAAUACUUGGCGCGGCAUUAUUUCCGGUAGUGGCCGUGCAGAUUUCACAUUAAUAUGGGAUGAAAAGAAUGGUUGGAAAGCAAAGCAGGUCUUUGGGUAUGAUUUAAGGGGGUUUAAUAUCAACGCUUGGUCAACAAGGCGUACUUAAUUUGGUAGGUUCAUUUCAAAUUCCCAGAGACUCUGCCUGGAAAUGUCUUUGUGCAGGGAAGCAAGUUCUGGUCUGAAAAGUCAGUGUAAAUAAGAACUGUAGCGGUGCACUCAACUUUAUCUUGUGGUGUUUGUCAACUGGAAUGGGGUAUUUGGCUUGGUAGCCAACAAGCAGCUGUUCUUCGUCUGUAUUUCCCGUGCCUUGCGGAUUAUUGUUGACAAUG